CACUUUGUGCUCAGUUUACUGCAGAACUUUGAUUGAAUCAAACAAGUGCCCCUUUGUCUGUAAAUAUUAUCAAGUGAAAAUGUUAGCAUUGAAAUUCUUGGUAGUCCUGCUGUCCAUGGCAUGCUCCAUGAUCUUAGUGCAAGGACGUUUAUUGGUGGUUGGAGAUGUUUCCAUUAAAAUGACCAAAGAUCAUUUCCGCUGUGACCAUUUGGCCUGUCCCAAGAGCACUCAUCGCUGUGUGGUAGUCAAGGAAAAUCAACCCAAUGAUCUCUCAAAUGUCUUGCGUUCCAAUAUCUGUUAUUCCAGGUCUCAUAAGGUUUUGAAAAAAUCCCUCACCUAUGAAACCUCAAAGGAUAACAAAGAAAUUCGCCAACUAUUUGAAGUUAGUCGUGAUGGUCAUGCCAAUGUUUUAUCCUCCACUGAUUUUGACGAAAUGGAAUUUAGCAAGAAAUAUUCACAAUUCCAAAAGGGUUUAUCAAAAAAUGCCGAUAAACUAAAUAGAAAUCUGGAGAAAGUGGAACAUAGAUUGGAGCAUAUAUUUGCCUAAA